CAAAAAUCCACAUCGGACAGCAAAGCACCUGUUAAACUUACUUCCAGUCAGAUUAAAACGGCGUCGUUUAACCUCAACACCCUCAAUUUCCUUGUUUUCAUCGCCGCUGCUAUAUUUCCCACACACUCACACGCAGUUUAAGCACAUUUGCUCCAAUUUUUCACAAUCACACACUAAUUUCCGUGAGUGCUUACAGCUCUGAGUCCUGAUCAAUGGCGGCAUCGUUUGGAGCUGCGGCUGCAUCUUCGGUGAAGGAGAUUCCCAACAUCUCAGCUUCUUCCUAUUUACCGAUCUGCCGCCGGCAUUUAUCGUAUCUCUCCCAUUCCGACAAGGUGGCACUCCGCCUCUCCGCCAGGCCCGACUUCCGCCUCUACACGAAGAGCGUGCGGUCUGGCUGGAAUUGUUCUCAUGUGGUAAGAGCUCAAAUGAAUGAGCUGUCUGUUGCAUUAAAGGCCGCUACGGAUGGUUCGGCAAAAACUGCUGUGAAACCAGAGGGAUCACUGGACGAAUCUAAGGACAUCAAGCUGCCAAAUGAGCCACCUGCUUCUUUGAGAUCAGAAGAAUCAAUCUCUGAAUUUAUUGAUCAAGUUGCGAGUCUUGUCAAACUGGUUGAUUCCAAGGACAUUGUGGAACUGCAACUGAAACAAGUGGAUUGUGAAAUUUUAAUACGUAAAAAGGAGGCCUUACCACAACCACCUGUUCAGUACAUCCAGACACUGCCUCAGCCUCUGUCUCAGCCUCAACCUGCAAUUACGCCUCCAGUCCCUUCAGUGUCUCCCGUUCCAACUGCAGAACCUUCUCCUCCACCAAAGCCGGCACUUGCUCUGCCCGCAGCCAAGUCAUCUCUUCCACCUUUUAAGUGCCCCAUGGCAGGAACCCUCUACCGCAGUCCAGCACCAGGUGAACCACCAUAUGUCAAGGUUGGGGAUCAAGUAACGAAGGGUCAAGUUCUAUGCAUCGUUGAGGCCAUGAAAUUGAUGAAUGAGAUUGAAGCUGAUCAGUCUGGUACAUUGGUUGAGAUCCUAGUAGAUGAUGCGAAGCCAGUCAGUGUCGGAACCCCUCUUUUUGUGAUUCAACCGUAGAGUAGAUGCCGUUGAAAGGAAGCGUACGGGAAGGGGUAUGUUUGCUAUAUGAUAGUCGAGAUGCAGGAUUCGUUUAAUUUAUUGUUAGUAAUCGAACCAUAUAUGAGCCAGUUGUAAUUUGUUUUCUCUUGGAUCUAUUCUACACUUAGCAUGCUUUCCUUUGGUUGGCAUGUGAAUUUCUUUCUACUCUAUGUUCCUACAAGGGACAAUGCUUUUCAAGUUCGUUCAUUUGGUGUUUCUUCUUAUUGCAUCACCCUGUUAGAAGUUUAGGUAUAUGAGUGAUGAUUGUAUCUGAAAACUGGUCAUCUCUGCUGUAAGUUGAAGCUGCGCUUUAUGGAUCAGUUCGCUUUGUUGGCGACCAAUUCGGUGGGUAAGUGACCGGAUUUUGACAAUCGUUCGUUUAAACAGUAG